AGCGGCGCGGGGGCGCCUGGGAGCUGUAGUGUGGCGGGGCGGUGUCACACGGGAGCGGGCAUGAGCGGCAAGCGGCAAGCGGCGGCGGCGGCGGCGGCGGCAGCGGCGCCGGCGAAGAAGCGGGAGAAGCGAGGGGCGCGCGUCGAGCUGAGCGCCGCCCUCGGCGAUGCGGCGCUGCGGGAGCGGGCGGCGGCAGCCUGGCGCCGCGGGGAGCCGCUCCGCCACGAGGCGGCGGCGCUGGAGCCGGCGCCGUUCCGGCACGGCCUGAUCCCCGGCUUCCUGGCGGGCCCGGCCUUCGCGGCGGCGCUGCGCGACGAGCUGCUGGGCCUCGGCUUCCGCCGGCGCCGCAACGACCUGCUCUCGCUGCGGCAGUCCGAGGAGCUGCGCGGGAGGCCGGAGCCGCACGUCGCCGCGCUGAGGCGUGCUCUGUCUGAAGAAUUCCGAGCAUGGCUUUCUGCUGUGACCCAUAUCGAGCUGGAGCCAACGAUCGACCUGUCCUGCGCUAAAUAUGAAUAUACUGAUGUCCUGCUGUGCCAUGAUGAUGAGCUGGAAGGUCGGAGAAUUGCCUUCAUCCUGUACCUCGUGCCACCAUGGGAGAAGAGUGACGGAGGAACGCUGGACUUGUAUAGCACAGAUGAACACUUUCAGCCACAGCAAAUCGUCAAGUCAUUAGUGCCUUCAUGGAACACACUGGCUUUCUUUGAAGUGUCUCCAGUCUCCUUCCACCAGGUGUCAGAAGUUCUGUCUGAGGAGAAGUGCCGUUUGUCAGUGAGUGGCUGGUUUCAUGGCCCCUCAAUAGACAGACCUCCACGCUACAUCGAAGCCCCUUUGUCAAGGAGCCCACACAUCCCUUAUGACCAUGAAAUCUUGUAUGAAUGGAUCAAUCUGGUCUAUCUGGACAUGGACUCCCAAGCUCAAAUCCAGGAGGAAUUUGAGGAGCGAUCAGAAAUUCUCCUGAAGGAUUUUCUUAAGAAAGAGAAAUUCCAACUACUUUGUGAAGCUCUGGAGAAAGAGGACAUCCAGUGGAGUAGCCGGGGGCCAUCCAAUAAGAGAUUGUAUGAGAUAGCAGAGGAAGACAGUCUCCCUGACAUCCUGAAGAACUUCCUGCAGUUGUUACGUUCCGAGGCCUUGUUUCUGCUGCUUUCCAACUUCACUGGCCUAAAGCUGCACUUCCUGGCUCCCUCUGAUGAGGACGAAGAUGCCGGGGAAGGAAGAGCUGCAGACACUGCUGGACACAGCACUCCCAAACCCAAGAAGGAAGAGGCUGAACAACAGGCUGACAGCAACGCCAAUCAGGAAGACCAGCCUGACAACGUCCCUGAAGUGCAAGAUGGCGAGACAGAGAAUGGUUCAGGCGCCCCUGUAUGUGCAGGGGAGCUGAGGCGCUGGACCCACGGGCACUACACUCUAGUCCACGACGCCCAAGCAACAGAAUUUGCUCUGGACCUGCUCUUUUUCUGUGGCUGUGAAGACUGGGAUCCAGAAUAUGGUGGCUUUACAUCCUACAUUGCUAAAGGUGAAGAUGAAGAGCUGUUGACUGUGAAUCCAGAGAACAACUGCUUGGCCUUGGUUUAUAGAGACAAGGAAACUAUGAAGUUUGUGAAAUACAUCAAUCAUCGUAGCUUGGCACGUCUGAAAAAGCAUCCGAACAGAACAGGAUUUUGGGACUUUUCUUUUGUUUAUUAUGAGUGAUGGUGCAGAGCAUGACCAUCCUCACACAGAAAAUAAUAGUGAUGACAGUACUGGGCUUUGGAUGGGUUCCUAUCCGAAAGUUCAGCUGGAGCUCAUCUAAGCAGCUGAACUUGGCUGUUGCGAACUCGAUCAUACUGUAUGUGAGCUGUAGCCUACAGAGUGUGGUCCAAGUGACUUUUUUAUUAACUAUACAAAUAGAAAUCCACUCACCUUCUGACUG